GAGUACCAUUUGGUGUUGUUAUAAGGAAAAUCUCAUCAUACCCUUAUAAUAUAUUAACCACCACCUCCUCCUCCUCAACAUAUACUUUCAUAGUCUUAAUAUAAUUCUCUUCUCUCUUUUCUUAUUUUUGUUUCUCUUCAAAAUGAGUAGUAACAGCAGUUUAAGCGUGGUGGAAUCAAAAUUACCACCAGGAUUUAGAUUCCAUCCAAGAGAUGAAGAACUUAUUUGUGAUUACUUAAUGAAGAAAAUUGAUCAAUCUCCAGACCAACAACAACAAUAUCCUUUUCUCAUCGAAGUUGACCUUAACAAAUCCGAACCCUGGGAAAUUCCUGAAGUGGCCUGUGUUGGAGGGAAGGAGUGGUAUUUCUACAGCCAACGUGACCGUAAAUACGCGACGGGGCUCCGAACAAACAGAGCCACCGUCUCCGGUUACUGGAAAGCCACCGGAAAAGAUCGCGCCGUCGUCAGAAAAGGUAGCCUUGUUGGUAUGAGAAAAACCCUAGUUUUCUAUCAAGGAAGAGCCCCUAAAGGAAGAAAAAGUGAUUGGGUUAUGCAUGAAUUUCGUCUUGAAGGUCCCCUUAAUAAUAACAUUCGUCCUCAAAUUUCAUCUCCCAGGGAGGAUUGGGUAUUAUGUCGAGUAUUCCACAAGAACAAAGAAUUACUUGCUGCCAAACAAGGAACUAGUAGCAACAACAUAUAUUACGAUGACGGUACAAUAAGUUCUUCAUCUGUACCACAAUUAAUGGAAAAUCCUUACAUCACUUUUGACCAAACACAACCUAACAACAACAAUAUUAAUAUGAAUGAAUUAUAUUAUGAGCAAGUGCCCUGCUUCUCCAUUUUCACCCCUAACCAAACUACUUUCACCUCCCACAGCCACCACCACCACCACCCCGCUACCUCUACCACCACCGGAGCCACCCCGAUCACCACCGCGUACGGUGGUUUUCCGGCUGAUAUUGGAAAUUACCUAAAUGCCACUGCAACAUCGUCUACGUGUGAUAACAAAGUAAUUAAAGCUGUUUUAAGUCAUUUGAGUACCAAGAAUAUUAUAAUGGAAGGUAAUAAUAAUAAUAGUAAUUUUAAUAAUAGUUCUGCCCAAAAUAUCAUGAAUAUAAAAGGAGGAAAUUCACCUAGCUUUGGUGAAGUAAGUUCUGAAACUAGUUUCUUAUCUGAGGUGGCCUAUCAUCCUACAAUGUGGAACAAUUAUUGAUUUUUUUGAUAGAAUUAUUGUAAAAUUUGUACUCAAAUUUAGAUGUGGGAUAAUGGAAGUAUUGUUUUUAUGUUGUUAAUUAUAGUGUUAUAUAUGUAUAUAUUGUAACCUUCCAUAUAUUAGAAUUUACAUAUACUAGAUUUACCAAUACAUCUA